AUGGAGGUGUGCGGACAGAAAAGGGUGGCAGCGACGGCAUUGAAUGCAGUGCAAGUGGACGCUGUCGCAGCGCUGCACGCAGACAGCACAAUUCCGCGUGCGCGUAAAGAAGACAAGGAGAGCUGUAGCAACAGCCAUGCCAGCGCCAAGUGCGCGCAACCACCGUAUACACGUCGCAGCGGCGGCGGCAGCAGCGCUGAUGGUGAUGAUUCGGCGCCUGACAAGCGCGCUGACGGGAAGGACAAUGGCGAAGAAGACGAGGAAGAUUUCGUGGUGGAUGAGCUGGAUCUGUACUGCAGCACCCCGGCGCUCCUGUAUCAGAGCCCGGUGGCCGACAUCACCUGGAGCGACGCCGCAGCCGAUCUUUACCGAUCCUCAGCAAAGGCAGCCGUAUCGGCCGCGCCACCGGCUGGGCGAAGAGCCGUCGCUGCAUUGUCCUCAGCCUGUGCGCCUUCAUCCUCAGCAUCGUCGACGGUGUCUUGCAAACCUUGCGGACGAGACACCCCAGUCGAUGAGAGCCAUCAUCGAGACGGGGACGGGCCGUCAGGCGAGCCGAGCGUUGUCAGUGGUGAGGAAGGCAGUGAAGCAGGUGACCGCCGUGUCGCCGGAGCGCCGUCGCACCCGCAAACAGCGGCCUCCGCGUACCUACGCGGCGCCGACGACGCUGGACCGACUGCCAGUUUUGGGGGGCGUGACGCCGCGGCGCCAACCGUAAGCAGCAGCCGUGACAACGGUGCAAGCAGCGGGCAGAGCGACGGCGUCGCCGGACAAGCACGCGCGUCUGUCGAGGCCAAGGCGAAGCGAUCUGCUAAGCGUGACAACUACGGAGCCAACGCUGACGCGGAUGUGUGCUCGCCGACACCGUCUCCGUCACGGCCUGCCUCCGCGCGUGUGUCCUCCUCAUCAUCCACACGACGACAAGGGUGGAGUGUUAACAGUGACCACGGCAGAGGCGGUGGCAAGCAUGGCGCCGGCGAUCACGGGGGUUCAGGUGGAGUUGCAUCGAUGAGCCAAGGAGUGGCAGCGAAGUCCACUCCGACCGCCACCGUCGAUGCCCAAGCGCUGUCGACGCCUCUGCUGCGCUUGUCCGCGGCAGUAACAACGGCAACGUUACCGCCAGUACGACAAGCCUCAGAGGCGGAGGCUGGUCCAUACAUGCCGCCGCUGAUGGAUGAGUUCGACGGCGAACUCCUUCAGCUGAUCAAGGCGUACUACACGCGCAAGCAGUCGACGGCUGCAGCAGCCACCCCAUUGUAUCCGUUACCGCCGCCACACGCUGCGGCGUCGUCGUCGUCGACGUUCCCGUCGACUUACUGCGCAGGCCACGCCCUCAAUCGCAUGCAAAGUGGGUGCAGCAGCGGGAGCGCGGGCGGCAGCGGUGGCAGCAGACUCGCGGAAACCGCGGCAGUGGCCGAGAAGCGAGAAAGUGGCAGUGGCUCGGACGCACUGCAUAAUUUGCGCCGCCCGCUCCUGUCGGCUGAUGACCGGCAUGCGUCGUCUGGUCUUCUGCGGGACCCCUUUGCUGCUCCCCACGCCGCUGGAACAGCAGCGGUGCGUGAUAAGGCCAGUGAAAGAGGACCGCAAGAGCUCAGGGGGCGCCAUCCCGGCGACCCACCUUCCUCGUACGUGAUCGGCCCCUCUGACGACGCUGCUCGAGACUCAGCUGCCGCGGCUGGGCUGAGGCCCGGGGAGGACGUGCUCCACCGGCCCCCUUGCAGGGGUAUGAGCCGCGUUUGUGUUCACGGUGACAGCACUUGCGUGAGCUUCGGUGCAGCAGCAGCGACGGUAGCAGCGGCCAGCUUUUCCCAGCAGCAGCACCCCUCCACAACGGCUGCCACCUUGUACAAUCCUAUGACACUCGGUGAGGCAGGCAGGGGACAGCACCGAGCCGCAGCGGCGAAUGGGGCCGCCAUCCUCGCCGAAGGCGCGGCAACCUUGCACCACCAAACUCGCAGCGGCACCAAUAUCAGUGGAGGCGGCGGAGCUGGUGGUGCGCUCAGCGGCGGCAUCACCAGCGGCCUCAGCGCUCUCUCCAGUCUGCCGUCCUAUAGCUCCACCUCCUUUGUGCGCGCCUACGUCUCCGACAUGAGCCUCAGCCUCCAGCCCGCCAUCAUCGUGUCGGCGCUGACGGCGGCCUUCAACAUUAUUGUUGUGUACUUCCUCCAGCAGCACGUGCUCGACACCCGUGAUCAUCUCGGCCUCUUCCUGAUCGGCAGCUACAUGACCUUUGCCUCGUACUACAUGAUCUACUACUUCCUCGAGCGAUUCUCCGACUCGUUUCGCCGCAUCGCGUCGCAGGAUAAGAAGUUCUACAUCAUCGGCAACCUCAUCAAGGCGGGCAUCCUCAUCUCCAUCACGCCAUUCGCGUGCGUGCACCUCGUCAAGAUCAUCGUCUUCGAGGAGUGGGAGAGCAACAUCCUGCGCAAUCUUGGCUGCAUCUACGCGAUCCCCGACUUUAUAUCCAUGGUCAUUGUGCGGCGCAUGCGGUGGUCAACAUGGGUCCAUCACGCCUGCGUCGUGCUCUUCAACUACUUCAGCAUCAUGAACAACUACCAGCACGAGAACGUGUGUCGCUGCGUCGUCGUCUACGCGGCCUUCUCGUCCUUUGCCUACUGUGUGAAUGUGCUCUUGGCCUCCCGCUUCCUCGGCGUCUCAGUGAACGUGGCGCGGGUACUGUCGUUCGUGGCGCUCGUCGUCUACGCCCUCUGCUGCGCAGUGAACUGGGCCUGGCAGGUGUACUACCUGCGCCGCCUCCUCAUCAGCGGCCACGAUCACUGGACCGUGUAUGUGUACAUGCUCCUCAUCUCCCUCGUCAUGUGGGAUGAUAUUGUGCUGAACAGUUGGUUGCUGCACCAUGCGCGCAACAACGCCUACGUCGCUUCGCAGCACCUGCAGCAGCAGCAGCAGCGCACCCGCCAGCAGCAGCAACAGCCGUCGCCGGCGUCAUCGCGGUUGACCUCGGCGCGCGUGUCACAGCGUCCCAGCCCGCUGUACCGUAGCCAGGACACGCGCGCCGUCUACAUGGCACCGCCGCUGCCGCCCACUGGGCUGCCCCCGCGUGCACCCUAA